CGAAAACAUAACUUGAAAUAUGUGUAAUAAAAAGUACUUAAUCUGAAACUUGUUACUUAAAAAACAAUAUAUAAAAAUGAUUCCGGGAUACGGUCCAGUGACGCAAGCCCUUUUAGGGACACUAUUCACGUGGGGACUUACUGCUGCGGGAGCCGGUUGUGUGUUUUUUAUACGAGGAAAACACAGAAAACUACUAGAUGUGUCGCUCGGUUUUGCUGCUGGUGUUAUGACAGCUGCUUCGUAUUGGUCUCUGCUAGAGCCAGCUAUUGAGAUGUGUGAAACCUCUGGCUUAUAUGGAGAUAAAGGACAGUAUGCGUUUGCCCCAGUCGCAGUGGGCUUUUUGUUUGGGGCUAUAUUUGUGUAUGGAACUGACAAAUUUUUGGAUUAUCUGGGCCUAAAUUCAACAAAUAUGAUGAUGACAAUUACAAAAACCAAGGAUUCAAAGGAGAAACUCGAAGACUUAGAAAUGAUGACAGCUCUCAGGCGGCCAUCGCACCCCACACUGGUGACGAUGGAGCAGCCCGCGGAAUUCGCAGACUUCAUCACGAACCAGCACACCGCUCAGAGGCGGCGUGGUCACCAUCACUCGCAGAACUCAUUGAAAACUGAGGGUGGUGAGGGCGACAGUCGUGAUAGUGCAGCUCGGGCGCUGGAGGCGCGCCAGUCGCAAUGGAAGCGAAUAAUGCUCCUCGUGGUCGCGAUCACGGUCCACAACAUACCGGAGGGACUGGCCGUGGGCGUGGGCUUCGGAGCCGCAGCCUCGUCCUCUGCGGCCUCCUUCCAUAGCGCGAGAAACUUGGCGCUUGGGAUUGGCAUCCAGAAUUUCCCAGAAGGCCUCGCAGUCAGCCUACCACUGCAGUCUGCCGGGUUCUCUGUCUGGAGAGCGUUCUGGUAUGGGCAGUUAUCGGGUAUGGUGGAGCCAGUUUUCGGCGUGCUGGGCGCAGUAGCGGUGGCGGCCGCUCAGCCCGCGCUACCGUACGCGCUGGCGUUCGCGGCGGGCGCCAUGAUAUAUGUCGUCGCCGAUGACAUUAUUCCAGAGGCUAAUGCAUCUGGGAACGGCAAGCUGGCGACGUGGGGCUGCAUCAUCGGCUUCAUGGUCAUGAUGUGUCUGGACGUAGGGCUCGGCUAACUGGCUCCCGCAUCGUGCCUUCAUCUCGCCCACACUCAGCAUACAAAGCUUAGUCCCCUGUCGCAUCGAUCAAUAUAUUCCUCGUGAAACUGCCAAAAAGCUAUGCGGCACGGUUCUAAACACCCAUUUAAUAAACAUGGCCAAUCCGAGUACAAACAGCUGAUUAAAGAACGGCUAUCGAAGAUUGAAAUAUGGAUUGAGGUAAGCAACUUCAUGCCCGAUUGAGAGCUUUAAAUAAUUAUUUAUGAAUAGACCUAUCCAUAUAUUGAUUUACACAUUUUGGCGAGAGUAGCACUUAUUGCGGUCGUUUAAUCGCUUUGGCAGCUGUUUGUUGUACGAAUUCGCUGUAAACAGUAAAUUUAAUAUGCAUUGUUCUAGUUUAUGUAAAUCUGUAAAUAUCUAAGACUGUAUACAUAGGCCUUUACGUAGUAUAUAUCGCACAGUUCCUCUUGCACAAGGAGGUUAUGUUUCUGUGAGUGAAUAAUGAAUGAAGGCAAGUUGUACCUAUACAUGCGACUAUGGCUCUUGAUAACGGUAAAUAGAUCACUUUAAUAUUUUAAGUAAUUAAUUUAAAAAUAUAAUUUUUAGUUACAAUUUAUAAAUAGGUGAACAAUUCGAUUUCUGUUUAGAUUUAUUAAGAAACAAGAUUAACAAAACUUGGAAAAAUAAUGCUCAAAGCUAUAAUCAAAUAUUAUUUAUGAAAAUAUGAACCUUUUAGUGAAAUCUAAUACGAGUAAUAAAUGGAGAUAAAGACCUAGCGUCUUAAUUUCCGAGUAAUCAGAGGUUUGAUGUGAAAUUUCUUAAAAAGACAAUAUUUGAUUCUAUUAGAUUUAAGUAAUGAAUGUAAUAUAUAUUGUAAGUCAAUUAAUAUUAAAAAUAAUUUUUUAU